AUGCCGGACCCUGGCUUUGGCAAAGUGGAUGAGCUUGAGGUCACCGAAGUACUUGAUAUCGUCGAAGAACUUGAUGUCAUAUCGGUGGUACCAGGACCAGGGGCUGCAUAUGCUGAAGAUAAGCCAGAGCCUGGCUUGGGCAAGGUGGAUGAGCUUGAGGUCACCGAAGUACUUGGGAUCGUCGAAGAACUUGAUGUCAUAUCAACCUUUCUGGAAGAUGUGGCAGGCUCUCUGCUUGAAUGUGGCGAAGAUACGCUGGAAUCAUGUUCGGGAAUGGUAGACGAGCUCGACGCGACCGAAGAACUUAAGGUCGUUGAAGGACUUGAUGCCACAAUUACAUUGCUGGUUGACAAAGUCAAUUUUCUGUCUGGCUGUGGCAAUAAAGAGGAUUUAGAGGAGUCGGAUGGAAUGACCGAGGAUAGGGCAGAAGAAUACGCCGAUGAGGACUCGGACGAGGAUCUCGAAUGCCCUAAAGACAAUUCUGCAAAUGAUGAACUUUGA